AUGUUAAAAAAAGUAAUUCUAUCAAUAUUAUACAAUUUAAAAAAUGUUAUUUUUAAUAGAAAUAAUAAUUAUAAUAAUAAUAAUAAAAAUAAAAUUCCAUUACCAAAUUCAUAUUGCAUAUCAAUAUUGAUCAGAUUUAUAGUUGGUGUUUUGGCUAUUGGUUACAUUCAUCCUGAUGAAUAUUUCCAAUCACCUGAAAUCACUUCAUCAUUUAUGUUUAAUUUUAAAACAUUUACACCAUGGGAAUUUAAUGAUAGUAAUCCAUGUAGAUCUGUUGUAAUACCUUUUAAUUUAUCCCAUAGAAAAUCAUUAUCAAUUUUAUCAUCAUGUUGGUUAAUUAUAAUAUUUCAUUCAAGAACAUUUUCAAAUACAAUCGAAUCUUUAUUGGUUGCAACAUUAUUAACAAUUAUCCUAUUAUAUAAAAAGAGUAUUUCAAAAGGUGAAAAUACUUUCUUUAAGGAUUUAUUAAUUGGUAUAAUAGUUUCAUGUGGUAUAUUUGCUAGAUUUACUUUUAUUUUCUUUGCAACCCCAUUAGGAAUUUAUUUAUUAUAUUUAUUAUUUCAAUCAUCAUCAUCAUCAUCAUCAGCAACGAAAUCAUCAAUAAAUAAUAAUAGUAAUAAUGGUUGUAAAAAAUUCACAAAAUCAAAAUUAUCAUGUAUUAUAUCAAUUAUUUUAAUUAUAUUUGGAUUUUUAAUUGCAAGUAGUUUCUUUAUAAUAAUUGAUUCAAUCUAUUUCAAUUAUUUAGAUCAUUUGAAAUUAAUUUCAGAUUUUAAUUUAAUUACUUCAAAUAUAAAUACAUCUGAUUUGUUUUUAUCAUCAAAUUCAACAAUUGAUAUUAUAAAUCAAAUUUCUAAUAUUCCAAAACAUCCUUUAAUUUCUGAUUUAAAUUCAACUCAUAUAAUUUCAUUUUUAAAGAAUAAUUUAACAUAUACACCAAUUAAUAGUUUUUUAUAUAAUCUUGAUGUUGAUAAUUUAUCAGAUCAUGGAAUUCAUAAUAGAUUAACUCAUUUAUUUGUAAAUUUACCAAUGAUGGUUGGUCCAUUAGUUUUACUUUUAUUUAUUGAAAUAAUUAGUAUUUUAAAAAAUGGUUUUAAUGUUAAUAAACAAACUAAUAAUGUUAAUAAUAAUAAUAAUAAUACUAAUAAUAAUAACAACAAUAACAAUAAUACAAAUAAUAAUAAUAAUGACAAUCAUAACCAUAGUGGAAUUGAUAAUGGUAGCAUUAAAAGAAAUCAUCAUUCAUCUUCAUCAUUAUCACAAUCGUCAACAUCACCAUCAAAUAGAAAAGAAGUUUUCCCAAUUUCAAUUAGAAUUUUAUUAGUAUCAAUUAUAUUAUUUGGAUUAUUUUUCUUAUCAUUAGCACCACAUCAAGAACCAAGAUUCCUUUUACCAUUAUUCUUUCCUUUAGCAUUAUUAUCAUAUCGUUACUUUUAUUUCAAUAAAAAGAGUUCAAAAUUAUUAUUAAUUCUUUGGAUAUUAUUCAAUAUGAUCUUAACUAUUUUCUUUGGUUUCGUUCACCAAGGUGGUGUAACACCAUCUUUAGUUUAUAUUGGUUCAAAAAUUGUAAAACCACAACAACAACAACAAUAUUUACUUUUAGGUGAAAUUGAAAAUAAUUUAAAUAUUACAAAUUCUAAUAUUAAUAAUAAUAAAAUUAAUAAUGAAAAUUUACAAAAAUCAAAUAACAAAUUAAAUAAUAUAACAAUUAUGUUUUAUCAUACAUAUAUGCCACCAAGAUAUUUACUCGGUAUUGAAAGAAAUAAUGAAAAAAUUAAUUUACUUGAUUUAGGUGGAAAAGAUAUUAAUAGUUUAAAGAAUUUAGUUGAUGAAAUUAAAGGUUCAAAGAUUUUCAUACUUUCCCCAACAAAAGAUAUACUUUAUCAACAAUAUAAAGAUAAAACUUGUCAACUUACUGAAUCAUUUUGGCCUCACCUAACAACUGAAGAUCCUCCACAAUCAAUUGAUGAAUUAAGAUUAUUCAUGUUUGAAUGUAAUGAUCUUUAA